AUGUCUCCCGAUCCAGACAAAGAUGUCGAAGCGGUAGCGGUGCACUCCCCAUCCGGUCCACUUUACUAUCGAGUCAAGAUCGGACCCUUUAGGCUGCCUUACUUCGCCAGUCCGAUCGUGCAGCUCCUCUACGUUGCCGUCGUGUUCUUUUUGUGUCCGGGUCUCUACAAUGCCUUGAGCGGGCUGGGAGGUGGUGGACAGCUCGAUGCCACCGUAGCAAACAACGCCACGGUCGCGCUCUAUUCGACCUUUGCGACGACUGCCUUUUUCUCCGGCACCGUCUGCAAUAAGCUCGGCGUCCGUAUAACCCUCACGCUCGGGUGUCUUGGGUACUCGCUGUACAUCGCAUCUUUCCUAUGCUACAACCACACGAAAAGCGCUGCCUUCGUCAUAACCGCCGGCGCCCUCUUAGGCAUGAGCGCCGCUGUGAUAUGGGCAGCCCAAACGGUGAUCAUGAUCUCCUAUCCGAAAGAGUCUCAGAAAGGGAAGUACAUUGCCAUUUUCUGGGCUAUUUUCAACGUUGGCGCGGUCAUAGGGUCUCUCAUACCCCUUGCACAGACCGUGAAUAGCGAAGAGAGCGGUGCCGUAGGUGAUGCAACGUAUAGUGCUUUCCUCGCCCUGACGGCGUUGGGAGCCAUUAUGGCAAUGUUCAUCUGCAACGCUAGUAAGGUUGUUCGAACGGAUGGGUCGACUAUCACGCUCAUGCAGCAUCCUACGUGGAGGUCAGAGCUUCUUGGUUUGUGGGAGACGUUGCGUACGGACUGGUACAUCACGGCGUUGUUCCCCAUGUUCUUCGCCUCCAACUGGUUUUAUACCUACCAAUUCAACGACGUAAACUUAGCCCGCUUUGAUACUCGCACAAGAUCCCUGAACUCCUUACUCUACUGGUGCUCCCAGAUCUUCGGCGCCUUAGCCUGGGGAGCCUUCCUCGACAUGCCUCAUCUCAAACGCAAGACUCGCGCGCGUGCAGGCCUCCUCGCCCUGUUCGUCAUCACCAUGGGCCUAUGGGGCGGUGGCUAUGCCUUCCAAAGGACCUACGAUCGUCAGUCCGCGCCGCAACAACAGCUAGACUGGACUUCCAAGGGCUAUGCCGGGCCCGUGAUCCUGUACAUCUGCUACGGGCUGUUUGACGCAAUUUGGCAGACAUAUAUCUACUGGACUUUAGGGGCCAUCAGCAACGACAGCCGGAAACUCGCGAUCCUCGCAGGCUUCUACAAGAGCCUCCAGUCGGCCGGCGCGGCGAUCGUGUAUCGGAUCGAUGCUCUGAAGGUUCCUUAUAUGAAUAUCUUUGCGAGCACUUGGGGUUUGUUGGCCGUUGGAUUGGUGUUUGCGGCGCCGGUUGUGUGGACCAAGAUUGAGAAUCAUUCCGAGCCUCAUGAUGAGUCUGAGGGUAAGGGAGGUGUUACUGCAGACGGGACUGCUUCUUGA